UUGAAAAUCAUGUCGAAGAGUGCUGUGUUUGUUUUCUUCAUCAUCUGUGCGCUCCUGCCACAGCCUGAGGGGCAUCCCGUGGAGAAUUCCCUCGAAUCUGUUGAGCCCCUUGGAAAAUCUCACCUAAGUCCGGAACAUCGUCGUCCGGAAGGACUCUCCCUCAAUGCAAUUGGUGAUCAUGAGAAGAAUCAGCAUGUUGAGUAUCACAAGAAUCGCUUCCGGGAUGAGAGGAAGCGCACAAGGAACAGGCAGAAGAGGCAAUUUGACUUAAUCCUGUCUGCUGAGCAUGAGGAGAAUGUUGGGACGGAUGUUUCGGCGGAAGUUUUGUCGAAUCUGUGGAAGAAUGACGAUGCCUCAACGCGUCUGGAUGCUUCUGCGACGUACAAUCGUCACUUUGGGGUACACGGGAAUCCCACUGAUCCGAAUUUCUCCGUGAAACUCAAACUAUGGUUCUUGUAGUGUUGGGAAUUUUUCAUUUUUUAAAACAAUAAAAUGUGGGACGCAAA